UUUAACGUUGAACUGAAAACAGGUCGUUUAGUAACUAACAACAAAACUAAAAACUAUAAGGUUGUGCUGAAUUCUAAUACAUUGUCCUGAUAAAGCGUUAAAAAGUCCACAUCUAUUUACAUAUAUAUACAUAUAUAUACUUGAAGUGUUGCUCUAUAGUCAAAGAAUGGUUAGCAUUUGCGCAAAGUAUAUAAAUAUACAUUUCCGUAUAGAUGGAUAAAAACUUUGUAAUAUCUCUAUAACUAAGAAAAGUUCUGUAUGUUCCUGCCAGCCAAAAGCAAAUGGUAGAACAAUUGCUCGGAGUUGAAUUCAUCUCAACUUUCAAAGGAAAAAUCAUGUGUCGUUCUAACUGAAAACUUUUUAAAAAUCGAGCAACAACGUGGAACUGCCAUGUUUGGCAGAUAAAAUACUACAGCGCAAAAAAUCCAUAAUUAAAUACUAACAUUUGCAAAACAGUUAGCGCGUGAUAAUAUUUAAUAUAUACAUAAUCAACAGGAUAUAUUUUAAAUGUUAUGCUAAAUAUGAAAACUUUGAAACCCAAAUACGCACCAUAGUAAAAUACUAUGCAUAUUAAGCGAAAACGAAUAAUUAACCGCGAAAAAAAUACCGAAUGUUUGGGCAAAGGUGUAGUGAUUGAAUAAAAUGCCAAAACUUGUGCGGCAACGUACGAAUUCUUUUGCCUGCAGUUGAAAAGUGUAAAAAGACGCCAUUUGAGUUGACUUUGAAUAAGUUUUGAAAGAAGCAGUCAAAUACUAGUGUCCGUGCUGUCAAUCGAAAAGGAACAUUAAAGUUUGAAAUCAAAUAUAAUAAAAUUAAUCAUGUUGCCCGCCAAUGUGGGAACUGUAAAUCCCCAACGAGAAGUGCCCAAGACGAUGUCGCCUGUAAAAUCAUUCAGCAACAAGGCAACGGCCACGGUCAAGCAGCCCGAGGAGAUGCGUUUUGUGCCCAUUGCCCCAAAGCCAGCCAAACCCUGUAAUAUAACUAAUAACUUUAGCAACACUAAAAAUAACUACAAUAAUAACAGCAGUAAUACUUGUAAAUUUAAUAGUAAAAUUAGUAAAAAAAUUAACAAUAAUGCAUCGUCUGCUAUUAAACCGAAACUAACGCCAAUAAAUGUGGUACCGAAGCCAUUCAAAACUAAUUUUAACCAUAAUCAUAAUUUAACAGCACCAGUGCCGCCUCUUAUACAAUUGGUUAGUAAUGGACCCAAUGGGAAUGCCAGUUCUCUGCUCUCAAUAUUGACACCCAAAACGCUGCUCAAUCCCACUUGCACCAAGACCAAUGUCCAGACGGUUGUACCUGCACAGGGUAAUCCACAGUUGCAGUUGCAGUCACAACCACAACCACAGGCACCGCCACAGUCCCAGCCACAGCCACAGCCACAGGCACAAGCACCGCCUAUGCUCAUACGAUCGGCCACCACGCUGGCUACCGUGCCGACGCAGCAACUACAACCACAGCAGCAGCAACAACAACAACAACCACAGCCGCAGCAGCAACAGCAGAAGCAACAACAGAAUCAGCAGCAACUCCAGCAAAAUGCUGCCAUGCACAAUAGUCCGAUUCAGUCAUCAGGGACAGCUGCCGUCUCAACUCAGACGCAAUUGAUAAAUAUGGUGGCUGCCAAAGGUUCACUUAAAACGGCCGCAGCUGCGCCAGCCCAAAUUUCGUUGCUGUCGAAAAAACAAACUCCGGUUAUAUUGAGCAAGGCCGCUGUGGAGAAAAUCCGAUUGAAAUUUGGUCAGGUGCAGGCACAGGCUAAUUCCGGGGCGCUCGUCUUGACCAAACCACUGAAGGCCAAUUGCAACCAGAACGGCAAUCAAAACGCUAACAAAAACAACAACAGCAACAAUUUGAACUCUAAGUCACCGCCUGGCACUGGGUCCAGCUGCAUGCCCACGGCAACGAACACUCCUCCUAUGCCUCCGCUGGUGCCCACUUCGAUGCCCACAUCCAUGGCAAUGGCCACCAACGCUUUGCCAGAGAUCAAGAUUACUCCACUACCCGCAGCUCCAGCAAAUAGCACCAAAAUUAUGAAAGUACAACCAAGUCCUAUGGCUGUAAUUGUGCCAGUGACGCCCGCCCCGCCACUAGCGCCAACAGUAGCAGCAAUCGUGCCAGCAGGAACACCGCUAACAACAAUCGCAAAAUUAACUCAGUCACAUGAGCAACUGGGCUCGCCCAAGCUGCAGCGCUCCAAAUCGUUGGCCGGCAGUGAAGAGAAUGCGACAAUCAUUUUGUUACAAAACAAUGCAGCGGAGCGACGGCACUCGGUGGCCAUUAUGGCCAAGGAGGUGGAUGUAGUGGAGCAGCCAACUCAUAUAGAAACCAUAACUAUAGACGACGAUGACAGUGAGGAGGAAAAGGAGGCAGAGGAAAGGCGGAAACAGCAAGAGCAACAGAAGCAACAGCAACAGCAGCAACAGAAGCAACAGCAACAGCAGAAGCAACAGCAGAGAGAACAACAUCAGCAACAGCAACAGCAGCAGCAACAAGGAGUGCAGCAAGCAGCAACUCCAAUAAUUUCAGUUUCAGCUUCGAGGAAAAACUCAACAGCCAGUCGGAGUAGCAGCAUUGCAAGUAGCUGCAGCAGUGAUGUGGAAAUGAUCAUUCUGCCAUGCAGUAAACCGGAGGAGCCGAAGCAACCCAAGCAGCAGCCGCUGGAAAUAAAGCAUCCAGGCAAUGGUGCCAUCAUCAACAUUGUUAAAGCGGAAACAUUGCCGGUGACUAAAGAGGAAUUUGAGAAGUCGUUGCGCUGCGAUGAGCUUAUGGAUAACAGCUCACCUUUGUCCGUCUGUGCGAGCAAUGUGGCCAAGUCGGGAACCAUCACGAUAACACCCAUUUCACGACUGCAAAACAAAAGUGUUGACCUGGUGCCAAAUGUUGCUUUUGCAUUGAGCACCUUCAAGCGCAGCAUGCAACAGAAUUUCAGCAUGCUGCGCUGGCGGGACCAGCAGCCAAGCAUGCUCCAGAAUUCUAAAAUGCGCUUCGAACUGAAUCGCUACAAUUUACUGCAGCUGGCAGAGCGAUGUGAACCACGUCAAGGUCCAGCUGAAUACUUUGAGAGAUCUCUCUUUGAUCGACCUGUGCGCCGACCGAACAGCAACAGCGAUCCAUUGCUCUACUUAUGCUCACGGUGCAAUUGCCAUGGACCCGCCUCUGAUUUUCUGGCACCAAGAUUUUGCUCGAUUAGUUGCGUGCGACGCGUUCCCAAACGUCGCCAGCUUAAUCCGCCCAGCGCUGCCAGCGAAAACAAAAUAAGUCGCAUGGAGCCAAGGGCAACGAAUGGUCAUGUACAGAAUCUGCAUCAGCAUCAUCAGCAGCUCCAGCAGCUGCAACAACAACAGCUACAACUAGAGCUGCAACAACAGCUACAGCUGCAGAAGCAAAAUCGUGAAAAGGAACGCUGUCGUGAGCCUAGAUUAAACGAAUCGAAGCCAAUAUUUAAAUGGACCGAAUAUCUGAAAAUGAAAGGCAAUGGUGGUGCGGCGCCAAUACAUCUCUUCCCAAAUCCGUUUCCUAUUAGCCCCAAUCAGUUUAAGCUCGGCAUGAAAUUGGAGGCCAUCGAUCCCGAGAACUGUUCGCUCUUCUGUGUGUGCACCAUUGUCGAAGUGCGUGGCUACCGCUUGAAGCUCAAUUUCGAUGGCUAUCCGAGCAUGUAUGAUUUUUGGGUCAACGCUGAUUCAAUGGACAUUUUUCCGCCGGGCUGGUGCGAACGAACCUCGCGUGUACUCCAAGCGCCCAAAGGUUAUUGCUCGGAUAAAUUUAACUGGCAUCGGUAUCUGUCGAAAACAAAUGCUGAAGCAGCACCUGCAAUACUCUUCACCCAUCUGAAAACAUCCAGCCAUACGCAGAUAAAUGACUUCUGUGUGGGCAUGCACCUGGAGGCGGAGGAUUUAAAUGAUACGGGCAAGAUAUGUGUAGCCACCGUUGCGGAUAUACUAGAUGAACGUAUACGCGUACAUUUUGAUGGCUGGGAUGAUUGCUACGACUUUUGGGUGCACAUAAACUCGCCCUAUAUCCAUCCCUGCGGCUGGCAUGAUGGUCGCCAGCAGCUGAUCGUGCCACCCGACUAUCAGAAUCUUACAUUCAACUGGGCGAGCUAUAUUGAAGAAACGGGAGGCAUUGCAGCCCCCGAAAGAUUAUUCAAGCCACGCGAACCCAUGGAGUUUCAAGCACGCAUGAAACUCGAGGUAGUCGAUCAACGUAAUCCCUGCCUGAUACGUCCAGCGACAGUGAUCACACGCAAGGGCUAUCGCAUUCAAUUACAUCUGGAUUGCUGGCCUGCAGAGUACUAUUUUUGGCUGGAGGAUGAUAGUCCAGAUCUACAUCCGAUCGGUUGGUGUCAGGCUACCUCACAUGAGCUGGAAGUUCCGCCCAACUUCAAGCAGGAUCCCCCGCUGAUGCCGUGCGAUGUGCCAGGCUGUCGUGGGUUCGGAAACGCCAAACGCUUCAAUCUCAACAUGCAUGCCCUGCGCGACUGUUGUCCUUAUGCGCCGGACAACUGGCGGCAGUGGCGUGCCAAGACGGUAAAGCCGCCACGUGUCCUUCCCGAGCAUAUCAAGCGAGCAGACUCACCAAUGCCACAGUCGCCGUCGCCGUCACCCUCACCUUCCAUGUCGCAGUCCCAAUCGCAGUCACCAUCAUUGUCGCCGUCGUUGUCCUCUUCGCCGUCACAGUCGCGAUCGUCUCCAAGGCCGCAGACUCACGUACAGGAUUCCUCAGCGAGUUCAACAUCGCAGUUAAACUCGGAUUCGAAGCUAGGAACCAAGGGAAAUGCGCUUAAAAAAGUGGACACACCACGACCGAGCUUAGAUUCGAAGCCACCGGCAAACAUAAGGCGCGAUGUAAAAACACCGUUACCCACUGAUACCAAGGUCAAAACAGCCCCAGCUGGACAGGGCGAACUCAAUCCGCGCUGCCUAGCUAUAGCCAAGAGCAUUGUGACGGAAUAUGGGCCACAUCUUGCACGCAAUUAUCGCCUGUGGCAACGGAACAGCGACUUUGAUAUGACGCAGCUGAGGAGCAAUCCGCUCUACUGGACCAACUGGGACGUCUAUGAGUUUGUGGAGCGAGCGCUCAAAUCCUCCAGCAUUGCGAAAAUGCUUUUCGAUGAAGAAAUCGAUGGGCGAGCUUUGCUAAUGUUGGGACGAAAAGAUUUGACAACCUACUUUAAGCUGAAAGUGGGACCCACGGUCAAGCUAUUCUCGCUGAUAGUCAAUCUGCGCAUUGCGGUCGCAUGUAAAUUUCAGACCAAGGAGACGGGUCUCAACAUUAAGCAAUUUAAAAAGUCGAUCAAAACUGCAAAACGUGAGCCGCUAGACAACAGCAGAAAAGCUUAUGCUGAUAACCCUAUGGUGGCAACCACAAACAACCUGAAGCAGAACAAUGCUGUAGAGCGGACGCCUGAAAAGCAAGAAGAAUCAGAGGAAGAGGAAUCAGAGGAGGGAGAAGAGGAGGAAGAAGUCGAGGAAGAGGAGGUGGAGGCGGAGGCAGAUGACGAAGAUGAUGCAGAUUUUGAAUUUAAGGAAGAACCAGAUGAAGAGUUAACAGACGAUGAGGACGUUAUGCUAGAUAGUGAAGACUUCCUUUGCGUCAAACCAAUACACGGGAUGAUAAAAAAUGGGGCCGUUGAUGAGAAGGACUCGGAUGUCAUUAUGACUUCCGUGGAUGCACUGCCUGUGAGUGCUUCCUAGGGGUUAGUAUAUGGGCUGUCAAACGGGGAACACGAAAGGGGAAGGAUAGUUCAGCAUGCUCCUAUUCCUUUUCCUGUUCCUCUUUUGCAAAAGAAGGAAGAGGCAGACGAAUUUGAUUUCUAUGAUAAAGAAUCAAAACAAAAGCAAAACUCUGACUGUGUCUCCGAAUCUGCAUCGGACUAUAGCUCGCACUCGGAUUCGAGCUCAGACUCGGAUUCCCUGGCUGUGCUGCCCCUAACUGCAUCAUAGGGUUUAUUUUACACGGCGGCAAAUGAGGAGCAUGAAGAGGAAUGAAAAACUAAUCCUCCCUUUCCGCAGAAGGAGGUUGAAGUCAGGCGAACUUGAUGUUGCCAUUGAUUGUAAAGAAACAGAUCAAGGGCAAACGUAUGACGAGGACGUUAAGUUGGACAACGAAGAUUUCCUAUGCGUUAAGCCCCUAUACACAGUAUGGUCAAGAGAAAGCGGCCACUUAAAGAUAUGGAGUCGGACUCGGACUUUGACUCGGACUCCCUGGAUGCGCUGAUUGUGACUGCAUCAUAGGGAUCCAUCCGUCCGACAUCAGCCAUUAUGUUUCCAAUCCCAUUUAGAUUUUAAGUCCAUCAAAUCAACUUUAACUAUGGAAAAUCAGUCUAGUUAGUUGAUCUAUUUAUAUAAGGUUUGUUGCGUUGGAUCGUUUUCAAUCAAUUAAUAUUGUGUAUUCUAUUGAUAUGGUAACUAAUCUUUAAGCGUUUCAAUUAAAGUUAAUGUAUAAAAGUUA